GCGUAGCCCCAAAGGCCCAAAAGCCAAAAAGCCAUAUGUUCUACUAGCUUCCCAGUCCCAGACCAGGUGUUUGGUUUUUGGUUAGCUGUCGCUUCGCUUUAGAUUUUCAUCUUUGGUUUGGAUUCCGAUUGAGGUGGUUUGGUUUCUGGUUAGGAAUUAUCUGCCGGUCGAACACACGAAUACUAGGAAAACUCAUUGUCAAUAAACCAAGUAUUUAUUCUUCGUUCCCUCGAAGCAACGCAUUUAAAGAACUCGCUGUUGAAGUUCUCAUCAAAAUCUCUUAACUUAGUAAUAUCUCAGUUUGGGUAAAACCAAGAUGGCCAAGUGGGGAGAAGGAGACCCUCGAUGGAUUGUAGAAGAACGCCCAGAUGCCACUAAUGUGAACAACUGGCACUGGACAGAGAAAAAUGCCUGUGCGUGGUCUCAAGAGAAACUGAAAGAUCUUUUGCUUGGCCUGCGCAUUAAAAGUGAUCUGGCAGAAGUUUGGCUUACCGAAAUGGAAAAGAUCGAAGGAGAAGCAGUCGCCAACAACAGAAAGGGAAAAUUAAUCUUUUUCUAUGAAUGGGACAUGACAAUAACAUGGAAAGGAAGAUUAAAUGGUGCAGAUUUUAAAGAAGUCGAAGGGAAAAUAAAUAUUCCUAACCUUAGUGAAGAGAAUGAUGUCUCUGAAGUAGAUAUUACUGUAUCAUUAAAAGAAUCAACCAGUGAAGGAGAUAUAAUUAAAGAGUUCCUUUACCAUCAAGGGAAAGAAAGGAUCCGAGAAAAACUUGAAGAAUACGUAGUUUCUCUUAAGAAAGAAUUCUCCAAAGGAAUGAUCCUGCCCAAGAAGGAAGAUCAAAGUUCUCAAGAUAAACAGAUCUCAAAUCUAUCAAGUGGUUUUAACAAAAAGGUGCAGGUUAAUCAAAGUAACAACACAAGUGGUUCUAAGGGUGUCAAAAUAGAAACUAGCACAGUGAAAAUGACGGUGAUGUUUCAAUGUACUGGAACAGAAUUAUACAGAGCGCUGACAGUUCCUGAGAUGGUGAUGGCAUUUACAAGUGGUCCUGUUAAGUUAGAAACAAAAAAGCUUGGAAAGUUUGAGCUAUUUGGUGGCAACAUCCAUGGAGAGUUUGUUGAACUGGAAGAGGACAAGAAGAUUGUACAGAGAUGGAGGUCCAAGCGGUGGCCAGACGAGCAUUACUCCACUGUCACGAUGGAUAUCAGCCAGAAGCAAGAUCACACGGAGCUCACACUCACUCAGACGUCUGUGCCUAAAAGUGACGCUGAAGCCACCAAGGAGAACUGGAGCCGCUACUAUUGGGACCCAAUAAAGCGAACGUUCAGCUUCGGCUCUUUUCUGUGACAGCCUGACCAUCAAAACUAGAUGUGACUACUAGAUGUAUGGUUUACAAUCGGCAAAGUGUGACACGUUCAUCAAACAUAAUACAAUUUUAUUGUAAUAUAUUGUAAGGCAUCAAAGAUUAAUUAUUUAUUUUUAACUAUUUUAGAUUGUUUUCAUUUUUUAUACAGAUUGAUUCUGUAUACAUUACGUUCAAUUUUUGUCUAUUAUUAACUUUUUAAUUAUUUAUACCCGUUCUUAUGUUGAUUGUUUGAAAGUUAAACAUCAUGAAACAAACGUAUUCCUUAGAACAAAAUAUUCUAAAAUGAUUUUUUGUGUCAACGAAUUUGUCUUUUAGAAAGGAUUAUUUUAUCGGUAUAUCAUUAUUGUGAAACUUGGAUCUUUUUAGGGCUUCUUACAAAUAAGGGAAAUUCGAUUAAAGCAUGUAUGAAAAAUAUGUCAUAUAUCAAUCAAGUUUUAACAGGCCUCCCUGUUUUUUUAACCGCUGUGCAAAAUCUUAUAAAUCUUUUAUAAGAUUUUUGACUAUUUUGUGAUCUUUAUCUUAUGUUGUAGACAACCAAUUUUUUUAAACAGUUUAAACAAGGAUCUGAAAAGUUUGAUUUAGUUCAUAAAAACAAUUACCUAUUUUCUCGCACUUAAUAUUUUAAUACCAAUCAAUCAGAAAAAAAUUUUAAGUAAUAUUGUGAGUUUUUAAAUUUUAAAAUUCAAAGCUUGAUGUUUUCAAAUUAAAAAGAAAUAAAUGUUUUAGCUUUUACCUUAUGCUGUGCUGUCUACUUAAAGUGGAGAAAGUUGAAA